AUGAAUGAAUUUGUGGAGACCAUUGAGUCCUCAGAUAUGGGAAUCGAGGUUUACUUUGCGAAUGGGCUGCGGAAGAUCAAGCCUUACUAUCAUUCUCGAACCUCUUUCGCUAAGGGACGAUGGUUAAAUCGGAAAUUACUCGAGGUCUUGAGCUCUGAGUUUAGAUCGCAAUCCAGUGAAGAAUAUGCCAAGGCCAUCAUCCGGCAGGAGUUUCAAAUUAUCCGCGAGAACAUUGCUCUUAGUGCAGAAGAAACGCUACAGACAACCAUUCAAAAUAAAGAUCUUAUCAAAACCACCUCUCAUAAACAUGAACCUCCAGUAAAACAAUGGAACAGCGAAGAGAUAAGCAAGAAGGGUUCAACCAUUGCAGGGAUCGAGAUCAUCCACGAAUGUGAUGAAAUGCUAGUUCUCAACAAACCUAGCGGAGUUCCAAUCCAUCCUACGGGCCAAUACUAUCAAAAUACGUUGGUGGAAAUUUUAAACACACAUGGCAGGAGCGUGCUCCCUAGCCACAGGCUCGACAAGGUCACUUCUGGGGUUUUAAUACUGGCCAAAAACUCUAUCAUGGCAAAUAAAAUCCAGCGGAAUAUCAGGGAGCACCGUAUGCAAAAAGUGUACUUGGUACGGGUUGAUGGGCAAUUUCCUAAAGUGGAUACCCUAGGUGAUUCAGAUGCCACUAAAAUUACAAUGUUCUCCAAGUUAUUUAGCAACCCAAGCAAAUUUACCACUGAAAAAUCUGCAAUGUUCACUGUCGAGAUGAAGAAACAAUUUCCAGCAGCAUUUUCUGUUGCCCGUGAAGCAACCACGAUUUUCUAUCCAGUGAAGUACUUUCCGGAUACGAAUGAGACUCUAGUAGCUUGCCAACCGCUCACUGGCCGUACACACCAGAUAAGAAUCCAUCUAGCAAGGUUGGGUCAUCCGAUAUCAAACGAUUCUUUCUACAACUAUAAAAUAACUAAAUUCCCGCGAAGGUUGAGUUUUAUCCUGGGUGUAAAUGACUGGAACGACGGAAAGCAUGCUACGGCGGAUCUGGAAAUCCACUUUGACGAAUUUGUUCGAGAGUCGGAGAAAGUUCAGCUUAACAGUUGUUCUUCGAGCAACAAAACAUGUCCUGAAUGUGGAGGUAAACUAUACUCUGACCCAGAGCUUAGAGAUUUAGAGCUGUAUUUACACGCUUGGAAAUAUUCAGAUGUGGAGGGUGAAAUGAGUUUCGAAACAAGCCUACCCGCUUGGGCCUUCAACAACGACCCUUAUCAUGAAAAUCGUUCGUUUACCAGCCGACCAAACUUUUCCCUACCACCCUGA